GCGAAGGUGUUCGAGUAGACGUCAAGCAGUCAGUCGCAGUCCGUAAAACGUUCGUCGGAGUCAAGACGUUUCGAUUUGCGUUGUGCAAAGUGGCGACCGUGCCUCCUUCUGUUGCGCCCCUCCUUGCGUACGUCUCGUGCUAGUUCUGGCCAUUAUUGGUAUAGCUGAAUAUCGCAGUCGUUGUCGUCGUCGUCGUCUUCGGCGGUAGAUCUAGAUCGUGGUGGGGUUUCAGGGUCCAUUCUGCGUGUUUGGUGUGGAUUUUGGAAGAUUUCCAGUGUCGUGUGGUGUGCCAAUAGUGGUCUAGUUGGAUUAGGUGUGUGAAAAAUCAGGAAAAAGUUAAGUAAAAGUGACGACCAGCUUGUGCAAUAGUGCAGUUCAGGAAGAGAAGAAAUCGACGACGGCGUAUGUCUCUAUUGGUCCGUCUGUGUGAUUGAAAAUGAUGGCGAAUGUUGAUGGUGUUGUGUUCAAAAGUGCACUUAUUCUGCUGAUUUUGCUGGCCGAUUGCCGUGUGAACUAUGCGGAAGAUUCAGCGACCGCCGUCCGCGUGAGGCGGCAAUUGGAUCCGCCGAAAAAAUCCGCAGCAGAGUCACCCCCGGUGGACACAUCACAAACGGUGGCCAACCAAAAGCCCCCACUCAACGAAAAUAAAACCAGCGCUGCGAAGCAGAAACUGCUCAACGAGAACUUAACCGGUAAGAAACUGGCGGCCAGCCUAAAUGGAACCAUUUACACUGACCACCUGCUCGGGUACAAUGGUACCGGUCAGCGCAAGGACUACAAUAUAGUGUCCAUGAAACCGGGUGCGGAACCGACUACGGUUCCCACCCUGGCCACCUCAGGCAGCACUAACGUUUCGAUUGAAUCAGUUGCCACCAGCAGCGAUGGCAAAAGUAAACUGAUAGCGAAACUUUUUUCUGCAGCAGACAGUGGCAAUGGCACGGCAUCCACAACUACGACGACGGUGGAUCCCCUGAGUGCGGCCAUCAAUAUCGACACGGUGGAGCAACCGGAGUCGGAACUGAACGCCACGCUGCAGAACUACAACAUCACCAAAACGCAGGAGGACUACCACACGUACUACAACAGCGUGUGGACGACCGACAAGAAUGCCAGCGACGCGUACUGGAAGCGGCUGGACAACAUGAACGUGAGCAGCUUGCUGUCGAAUUCGCAUCGGAGAGCUACGACGGUCCUGCUAUCGUUUGAUUUCCCAUACUAUGGUUACCCCAUCCGGAACAUCACCAUCGCCACCGGAGGGUUCCUCUACACAGGUGACUACGUGCAUUCGUGGCUCGCUUCCACCCAGUACAUCGCGCCACUGAUGGCCAAUUUUGACACCAGUCUGUCCAACAACUCGUACGUAAAAUUCCGCGAUGACGGUGAAACCUUCACGGUGGUGUGGGAGAAUGUCUCGCUGCAGGAUCGCCCAGAAAACGGGUCUUUCACAUUCAGUGCCACGUUGAACAAAUCGGGUGACAUUGUGUUCGCUUACCAGACGAUUCCCAUCGACAUUGAACAGAUUUACGACGACAAGCAUCCGGUCAAAGUGGGACUCUCAGAUGCGUACAUAAUCGAUAAGACCAUUUUCCGCACCAAGCAGAAAACAAUCUACGAGUAUCACAGAGUGAACUUUGGUCGAUCGAAGGUCCAGAACAACACCUUGAUUACUCUGUAUGCUCAGCCCACCUGCUACAGCUUCAAGGACUGUCAGUCCUGUAUGAACCACGAGGGCGCCGAGUUCAAGUGCAUCUGGUGUCCCACGCUGAACCGAUGCUCGACGGGAGUCGAUCGCAAGCGACAAGACUGGAUCCAGAAGGGUUGCGACAAGACGCAGAUCAUGGAGAUCUCCGUUUGUCCGGCGCUCGGCCAGAAGGGCAACAACUACGGGGAACCGAUCGAGAUCAGUACCGAGGGUAACGACACCAACGGUACCUAUCGGCACGAGGCCGAAAUCCAGCCUUCCAAGGGCGCCAACGCCGGUAAGAACAAGUCGGAUGCGCAUCCCUCGAGCGGAGAGGAUGGCGUGAAAAAGAUUGCCGCCCACGAAGCCGUGGAGCCGCAAAGCUCGAGCAGUAGUCUGCUGGUGACGAUGAUGGUCAUCUGCGGCAUUCUGCUCAGCUGCGGAUGUUGGGUUCUGUACGCGUACCGGAAUCCGCACACCAAGAGCGGCCAACUGUUAAUCAGAUACCGCCCGAACAAGUGGUCCUGGCGGCGAGGAGAGGCCCGCUACACGGCCGCCACCAUACACAUGUGAGAACGGCAUCACGAUCAUCAUCGCAACCAUCGCCAGCACCGGCAACCGCAGCAACCGUUGUACCAUCCGCAGCAUCCGGAGUACCACCGGCCACUGGGCAUGCUGAAUCUGGUCGGUAACGAGGAGGAACGACUGCUCAGCUACCUGUACCAGCUGGACGAACCUGCGGGAGAUGCGACGGGCGCUGGCAAUGGGCUGGAGAUUGCCGAUUACACUUUCACGACAGAGCUUGGUGACUGAAUGGGCAGGUGUGAGAGUGCACACCUGAUUGUUUGAGUGAGUAUGUGCGAUAGCUAGCGAAAGAAGGAGAAUGAGAGAACAAAAGGAGAGCUAGAGAGGAGAAAACGCGUACGUAUGGUGAGACAUUUCUUUGUUACGUUUCUAUUUUAUGAAAAAUUGACACUGAAAAACUACUUAACCCCUUCUAAAGAUGAUAGGAGCAAGUCCAGGGGCCCAGACCCCGCCUUAUAUUCCUGAUUUAAAAAUUGCAAUUAUUAUUAGUGUUUUGUUUUCUAUAAUCUAUCCUUCAAUCAGUUGUAGUGAUAUUUACACCUAUAUUUUAGCGAAACAGAUAAUCUGUCCAGUUGUAGUGUUAAGUUAGUACCGAUUGUGAAAGUAAGAAGUUUGCCCUUCUUCCCCACUUUUGUGCAAUUUUCUCGGAAACAUUUCAGCAUCACCAACUCCGACAACCAUUGUCACAAGCCGGAGCAGCUUGCAAUACGAUGUGAUACGUCUAUUUUUUUUCUCUUUUAAAGACAAUUGUAAAUGUAAGUUUUGAAAUUGGCAGCCUAAAUUUUACACCAAAAUUGGAUCACUUCUAGAAAUUGCAAACGCUUGAACGGCGGAAAUAUUUCCCACACUGAAAAAAACAUUUACCGUUUUUUAAAACAUCUUCCACCGUUCACUAAUUCUAAACACUCUGUACAUUAGGUUUGAAAAGCAUAAUCAACUACAUAUUUUCCAAACAGAGAGAGGACUAAACGAACCCGAUAGGAACUAGACGAUAAGACUACAUGUGCAAAAGAAGAUGAUAAACCUUAAUGCUAGGAAGAAAACAUUAAUUAUACAUACUCUAGGAAUCAAGUAGUCAGACACACAGUUUUAGAAACAACUAAAUUGGAAACACCGCAAACACUGCAGUUUUAAUCGCUUAGCUUUAGAGGAGACACAACCCCGGAGUUCGGGUACGCCGUGUAUGGUAUAGAGUCGUUUGGCAUACAUGAACGAGAAUACUCAUGAAAUAACAAUUGGAAUACAUUACAUGUAUUUAUCAUCUGUUUCUGUUUACUCUGUUACGGGUUUAAUACUAUCAGUUGUUUUGACUGGGAUGCAUCAACUCUACAGUUUAACUUAGUGAAAACGGUAGAUAGAGACAAAUCUGUAACAGAAGUAUAAACAGUGUUGUAGAAAAUCCACAAACAAUAGUAUCUCUGUGUCUAUUUUCAUUUAUUUAUGUACUUGUACUUGUGAAAUUACUUCAUCUCAAAAGACCCUACGCCAAACUACUCUAUACCAUACGGGUUCCCGCUUCUGAAAUGCAGAUGGCACGCACUUAAUUGUAUUAAGGAAAACGAAAAGAUAAUGAAGAAAACCUCUAAACCGGAUCUGCUCAUAACUGCCUCUAUCCCACAUUUGACUGCGCUUUUACCUGAACACACUCUAGCCAAAACACGGCGCCGUUCUUUUCUCGAAGUCGUUGGUACGCAUUCAAUUUAUUCAGAAUCCGAGGAGCGACAUCUUUCCAUCGCCACCGCUUUUCACGUGUGCUUGUAUGAACUGUUGAAUGCAGUAGUAGAUCUGAUGAACGAUACUCAAUCGAAAGAUCCACCUAACCCCCCCCCCCCCUGAAAUGAAACGACCGUCCCCACAAUUUUCGAGCCAAAAUCUGUAAACGUAGAAGUGUUGUUUAAACAACUACAACUAAACAGACUACAAUGAACGAUGGUGGCUCCAGAGAGGAAGCGCCAUCGCAUACUAAAAAAAAAGACUAAUUUGCUCAUCACUUUUUGUUGAAACUUUUCGUUUCUUCAAAUCGUUUCCAAGCGUGUGAAAGCAACGACUUUCGAUAGUGCCUUAACGACGAUCUGGUGAAAUAUCCCGGAAGUUUAUAUCAUUUUUUAUUUUCAAUUUUCGAAAAUGUUUGAACUGAGCCCGUUAGAUGCACAAUACAACACAACUACCACUGACUGGUGGACCUUCAAUUCAAAGUUCUUCGAUCUGUUCAAGCUUGUUUAAAGCAUCUUUCAACUUCUGAUGAAAUUUACUCGAACACACAAUCUAUAUUUGCACCUGGAUGAUGCUAGAAAGACUAGUUUAAUAUAUGCAUUCACACCCAUACCCAGACGCAAAUGUUUAAGCAAAAGGAGGGCAGUAGGUACGAGAGAACAAUAGGAUCGAAAUAAACUGAUGAAAAGUGA